AGGUGGAACCAUCCGGCGAGUUAUCGUGGAUUACCGUCUGAACUUGAAGAUAUACGGCUUCUAUUGGACCAACGGUCGGAAGCAGAAUUUCAAUAGACACCAUACGAGGAUCCGACAAUCCGGGCAGUAAUCCCGGAAGAGUUUUUACAAAACCCUAACUCUUGGCACGUGAAAGUGGUGUUGAUCAACUACGCAACUGUGGAGCCCCACCAGACAGACAGAGUCCUACGACAGUUUGGAUGUAGACAACCGAUCCCUGCGGACCCUGAGGUGUUUGACGAGCACCACAAAAUCGACCUUCGGCUAUUAGGUACGGAUUGGCCUAGAUACUGGUCAGACUACACGGAAAUGUGGGAAAAUCAGCAUGAGUAUCUACCUGCUCGGGAACAAAUCAUCAUUCCCGAGUUAGCGUGCGUUCCAGAAUACAUGCCAUGGUUUAGGAUCCAUGGAAAGCCGUAUUUACUUACGCCAGAGGAGAGGCAGCGGCAAUUACGUGUCGGAAGGGAAAGGCACGGGCCUCUAAAUCCAAGGGGACAAGAGUACGAGGGCAACCCAUCAACGAGGCCCAGACAUUCAGCCGGCUCAUCAUCAGCGGCCAUGGAAGCACCGUCCCCAACGAGAGCACCGACGCAGUCACCUGAUGCAGCAAUUCAACAGAUGGUACCCACGCAAUCGCCUUUCCCUAUGAUGCCAGGUAUGUUUCCUAGCCCUUAUAUGUACCCUAACCCGUACAUGUAUCCUUUUCCGAAUCCUAUGGCAGGUUGGAGCCAAAUACCCGGAUCAACUUCAUUUCCUGUAAUGCCGAGCGGACCACCGAUAACUAGGCCAUCACCGCAGGAGGGGUCGCAAGGGGGGCCGUCGGGGAGCCCUCAUUUUUACCAAUCGCCAGCAAGGCAUGGCUUUCAAACUCCAUCGCUGUUCAUGAUGCAAACACCUCCACAUUCACUAUUCUUUGAAGGUGGAUCAUCGUCCCAAGUCCGACAAGCGGAUGCCGAACCGGAAGAACAACAAUCACCACCCGAGGAAGAACAACCGCCGUCGGAAGCUAGAGGAAGGAGGAAUCCAGCACGUAACCGUCGACGGCCGCCAUGUGGAACCGAAUCCCCCGGUCAUAGACAUUGAUUACCG